UGCAUUAUAUGCGAAUGGCCCAGAAUGGUCCCCAGUGCUAGAGCGAGUAAUGCAUGCGAGACCUGUCGUCGGCGGAAGGUCAAAUGUUCUGGAGACAAGCCGUGUGUCUCUUGCGUAAAGCAUAACUGGGAAUGUAAUUACGGCUAUGUAGGCCGUCGCCGUUAUUCCGAAGCUCAGGUGAAGCAUUUGCUGGACAAGAUUCGUUCAUAUGAGGAACAGCUAAGCUCUCGGUCAACAGCACCACAACCCUCCCCCUUGGCCGCGGAACAGGCCUCAACCGGGCUACCUCAACUCGGAGUCACAUCUUCCCUGGAGAAUCUUGAGCCUUAUGACGAAUCUCAUGACCCUCUUCAGUGUUCUGAUGACCUAGCGGGAAUAAGUCCAGCAACCGACCUCACCUCGGGACCUGCAUUUGAAUCUCAAGUUAGAUCCCUGUUGAAUCGCACGCAUGAUGACUACUCUCGACAUACAUUUGACAGGGCACGGGGUGCUGGCGGCGAGCAGUUCUCCGAGCGGGCCUUUCAAGAUCAUGCGACAGAGAUAUGCAUUCCAUCAAUGGAAGAGUCGCAGCAAUUACUAGACCAAUUUCUCUUCUACCUAGGCAUCAGUCAGCACUUCUUCGACUCACGGCGGUUUCUAGACUCCCUUAUGCUGCUGUACCAGAGCCCGGAAAUGCGAGAGCAACAGAAGCGGACCAUGUGGUAUAUCGAAUAUCUCCUGGUCAUGGCCAUGGCUAAACUCAUAUACGUCGAUCAACCCACGUCACAUAUUCCUGGAGUCGAUUUCUUCAACGAGGCUCUCCGACUGUUGCCACCGCUACAUGAGCUCGGUGACCAUGGAGUGAUUGCUGUCGAGAUCCUGACUUUGAUCGCUACAUAUAUGCAGUGGUGUGAUCGGAAACACGCGGCCUAUCUUCAUAUAGGACUGGCCAUACGGCUAGCGAUUGCACUGGGAUGCAACGUACAUAGCUCGGAACCAACUUGUCUUCCUUCUCAGAGCGCACACAAAGUCAGGUUAUGGUGGACGGUUUACAUGCUAGAUCGGCGGUUAUCCUCCGGUCUAGGACUUCCAGCCGGGGCCGACGAACGACAGCUGCGCGCAGACUUGCCGCGACAUAGUGUUGGCUUCCAGUCACCGGUUGCUCUCAUCAUAAACAUUCGGAUAGCCCGUGCUACAGACGACAUAAUGUCUUCGCUUUAUGGGAAGCUCGCUCUAACCCAGCUAGAGUUGGUCCAAAAGAUUCAGCAAAUUCUACAUGAAUUGCAUGACAUUGGCCGAUCGUUUCCCCCAGCUCUUGUUUUUGACUUCCAUAGGCCUCUCCAGCAUGUCUCACGGACAGGCUCAUCUCUUUACCUCAUGCUUUUUCAGGCAAUUAUCUUGUGUACUCGACCAAUACUACUGCAAAGAGUUCGCUUGCAAACCGAACAACAACAAGCAGGACAGUCACCGGAUUCGACACCCACGAUCCUAGUACGACUGUGCAACACAUGUGCUGAGGCAGCUAUCCGAAGUCUGGCUAUUCUGGACUGCCUUCGCCGUCAGUCAAUAAUUCCCCGGUAUGGCUUUUUCGACCUCGACGCAACCUUCUCAGCUGCCUUCGUCCUAGCAAUGGUUGGCUUCCUCGACCGAACUCAGACCAGCCCUCCACCAUCAUUACUCCGGGCGUUCAGGGUCCUCCGGUUCCUAUACCGAGCCGGGAAUUCAGCCGCCGAGCGACGCUCCCGGGAUAUUCAACACACCUGCUCUCAGGUUUGGCCCAAUUACACAUUCGACCCUGACUCUCUGGAUCAAGAAGAAUCCCCGCCCGGCACUGCGCCUGGCACGAGAGACCAAACACGUACACCUCCUCCGGGUCCUGAGCCGGCUCACGGCCCGAGUUCGGUUCGUCAGCCGCACUAUCCUCCCGAUGGAUCCAAUCUAUCGUGUCCCAGCCAGAUGGAGAUGAAUAUGCUGGAACCGUGGGCUCAUUCCGAGAGCAUGGAUGCCGUGUUCGAUAUGGAAGAGGACUGGAGCUUGGAUCUGUCGGGUGAAGCGGAGGGGAUCCAUGCCAGUUUUCAGAAUGAUACGUUACCGUUGACGGGUGUCGAUUAUAGUGAUUGGCUGGAGAUACAGAAGCUGUUGAAUAGUGUAGACGCUGUGUAAAUUAGGUGCAUAGAAUACUAUGCAUUGUUCAUGC